GCCUCUUUUUUUAAAAGACCCUUCUGAUCUGUUCCAAUCUUCAAUCUUGUUCCUUCUCGUUCUUGAUGCCGAUUUGGGUCAAAAUUUACUUCCUUUUCCUCUAUUUCCACAUUCCUAACCUGGCUGGACGACGUCUAGUCGUGGUUUGAACCAUGGCCUGUUCAGCGACAUUCAAGACCUGCUUUCUACAACUCCCCCCCUCCACCGCUGUUCUCCUCAUCAGUGUAGCAUUUGGUUUAACAAAUGGCCAUGCGCUACCUAGGCAAACGAAAACCAUUGAUUUACAUGAGUUGAAUGUUGUUCCUUUUCCGCAGCCCACAGAAGCUCCGAUGUUACUUUCAGACCUACUACGAAGACAAGCGCAGAACACAGUUUGUGGCUAUAUCGGAGGGGAUCCAAACCUACCUGCAACAUGCUUAGCGGGCUCCCAUUGUGUUUUAGAACAGAACUACAGGAUGGUGGGCUGUUGUCCGGACGGCGGAACUUGUUCGACGGGUAUAUUUACGGGAUGCGUCGACCUGAACAGCUCGCCGCAGACCGAAAUUAACCCUUACGUGUAUACGUGCCAAGGGUCAGAUUUGUGUUACAGGAAUGAGUUUGCUGGCGGAUAUUUCCAGUACGGCUGCGGGACCGCAUCAUCACUAGCCACCACUGUCGAGACGUCUGCCGAGGGUAUGUCGAGCCUAGUAUUUGAAGAGACAUCGGUGCCCCUGACGGCAUUGCCGGUUCCCCUUUCUGAACCGACUUCUAUUGGAUCCCAACCUCCUUCAAGCGCCACGGCGGAUCCAGGCGGGAAUCCUUCCUCUAGCGGACCCGGUACGGUACCACAAACAUCCUCAGAAGCGACGUUACCUUCAGGUUCGUCCGCAUCAUCACCCUCAGGUUCUCACACCGAAUCAACAUUGUCUUCGACUUUAUCAUCGUCCUUAUCAUCUUCAUCGUCGUCAUCGUCAUCGUCAUCGUCUAAAUCUUCCUCGUCAUCCACCACUACGACAUCUUCCUCCACCACUGGACUACCGAAUGCUACAGGAGGUUCAGCAUCAUCAGAUGGUGAUCCAGCAGAGUCAUCGACUGAUCCCAGUGCGCCUGCGACGGGAGCAGGAACUGGAACCACUAACAAAGGAGCCAUAAUCGGAGGAUCUAUCAGUGGAGCUGCCGUCCUAAUAGCAGUAUUAGCUGCCAUUAUAUUCUAUUACCUACGGAAGCGACGAGGCAAUGGUCGCGAAGGCCCUGGGCCUCUACCGACUGAUGCACCACCAACAACGUCGUAUAUUAGCCCGAUGCGAUCUCACGGCGCGGCAUUUGCGCCUCUCCCAUCAUGGCAAGAUGAGGAGGAUAGGCAACCACUAACCCAGUACGCCACCAAUAAUGGGCAGCAGCCUUACAACCCAGCAUCCGAGCCGUGGAGGACAGGCCCGGCCCCAGCGCCCGCCGCCGCAAGGGCGAACGCAAAUAAUCGCGGGUUCUCACAGCCCUUGCGGUAUCACCCCGCCACCAUCCGCAUGGUGCCCCCCGCGGGUGUGGGAACUGGGCUAGCGCCUGUGGCGGAAGAAGAGAGCCCCCAAGAAUACGACUACACCCAUAAUACCUUUAAUAACAAUAGCAGCGAGUACGACCGCGGCGUAAGCUCUUCCGAGAUCGACGAUUUUUCGCGCGCAUACUCUAGCGCCGGCAUCGGCUCCCGAGACUACGAUCGACAGCCGCUCACCGUACUCAACCCGGACGACAGUCCGCCACGCUCAGGCGCGACAUCCCCAGGCAGCAGUCCUCCAAGGAGCACGACGCCAGGAAAUAGACCCCUAUGGCAGCAGAAUAGGCAACGGGGGAGGAAUCUAAUGUGGGUUGAUCAGAACCAGAAUAAUAAUAGGUUUUAAGAAACGGGGUACGGUGAUGAUUUACAUAAAAUAAAACGACGACAUGGACAUGAUAUAAUCUAAUAAUUGGGAGGAAAUGCUUAUAAAGACGAGGUCAUGGGCAUAAUUGGCGUCGGCUGGGUAGAGAAAUGAGGCAAGCGCAUUACGGACGGCUCCUUGAUUUUGGAUGAUUUGCAUCCAGGUUCGACACGGCGUUUAUUGGGACAAACCAGGUGGCGGCGAUUCUGGUUACAGAUUACGGUGCAUUGUAUAAGGGGGAUUGGGUCGGCUACUCGCUACGAGGUAUAUAUCAUGAACAUACAUGUAUUUAGGGGCGUUUUGAACGUCGACAUACAUCCUUUAUUAAGGUUGCUCUGAAGAACCCAGAGUAGCUUCGAAGCAUGGAAGAGAAGAGAGGCCAUUUAAGCCUGCCUCAUGUUGAACGUUGUCUACGAUGGACUAGAUAGCAUAUGGAAAUACAAACCAUUAAUAC